AUGGCAAGUUCCAAAUACAGGCAAAACGCGACCGAGGAGUCUUUAAGAAAUGGCAAUGACGUGACGUUUCGCGAGUUCGUCGAUUUUGUCACCGACGACACCGAGAAUGGAACUCGGAACGAACAUUGGAGACCAAUAUACGAUCUAUGCCAACCGUGCAUAGUUAACUACAAUCUCAUAAGCAAGUACGAGAGCUUAGUCGAGGAUGCCACGGAAGUUCUCGAACGGAUAGGUGUCACAUCUGUGAAUUUUCCAGCCAGACCAGCAAGUAGCAAGCCGACAUCGAGAAAACUGGAUAGAUACUAUUCCACCCUGAGUUACAAACAGCUUCGUAAGCUGGUAGAUCUGUACAAAUUAGAUUUAAGGCUGUUCGACUAUUCGUUGGAAGAUGUGCUGGGAUUUUCCUUGGCAUAAGGCGCUCAUUAAUAUUAAGAAGCAGAUUUACGUGUUAUGACUAAACUGUCAUAUCACUCAAGUCUAUGUAAUAUGACCUUGUAUAUUAGGACGAAUUAUUUCAUUUUGUAAAUGCAAUAAUGUAAAUGUUUUAAAAUCCCAGAGUCGAACGGCAGACUUCUUUGUUGGACAUUAUAUUUUGUAUAGACAUAGCCUCGUAUUACCUCGUGUUACGCACAGAACUGUCUUAUCAAAUUAAUGAUAUAUCAUUAAAACUUACGUAAAAAAAAUUAUAUGGCAUGUUCU